GCGCCCCUCCCGGCCCAGACAAGUCUGCGCAGCGCGGAGGGCUGAGUGCUGAGGGUCCUGCGGGAGACGCGUCGGGUCGCAACCUCGUGCAGGUCUGGCCGCGGCCCCCCUGGUCUGUGAGCGGCCGCCCGGGAGAGCGGAACUGCGGGGUUGGAGGCAUCGGCCGCCCCUUGGACCUUGACCUGUAGCCUGGGAGGGGCGAGAUCUCUGACCACCUGACCACCUUCCUGGGGUCUGAGUCUGGGCUUCCACGCCGGGGCUGCCGCUUUGGACGCGGGGGGGGCCCCCGACGUCAGCCUCGGUCUCCCCGCCUGUGCGUGCCGGAGCCCACCCCCUGCCCCUCCGGUCGCAGCCCGGUCGCAGCCCCUGCAGCGAUGCAGAGCCAGCCGAGCGGCGUCCACUACUGCAGGUGGGAUGACAGUGGCCGCGACGAGGUGCACGUGGCCGCCGCGGCCCCCAUGGAGGAGGAGGCCUCGAGCUGGGGGAGGAUCUCCCGGAAGCUGUGCUCAGGCAAGCUGGGCAUCACCAUGAAGGUGCUGGGCGGAGUGGCCCUCUUCUGGGCUGUCUUCAUCCUGGGCUACGUCACCGGCUACUACGUGCACAAGUGCAAAUGACACGGCCGGGCGGACAGCCCCGCACACCAGACCUCCUCCGGGUGCACAGACCCGCUCAUACACCGAUCCUCGUACUCCGGAGUGUCUUCUGUGUGCAUAGACUCACCCCCAGCCACAGAGCCCAGGGGGCACAGUGGUCACUGGCCACCACAGGAGCAUGCAGGGGGACAGGGACACAGGCCCAUGAUGACAUAUGUACACAUGCCUCGAGAGACUUGGCCCAGCUUGAGCUGGAGCUACAGGACACAGCCUCUGGGUCCUCCCUGAGCGGGCACUGUGCAGGACUGGGGACGCCUGGCUGGGACCCUGCCCCCCCCCCUCUUGACUCCUGCAAACAUGGCUCUGCUGAGACCCCAUCCUGGAAGUCGGUCCCGGGCAGGGUGGGGAAUGGGACCCACCACCGACCUUCCCUGCGGCGAGGUGGGCACGGUGGCUCAGGGCACAGCGACCUUGGGAAGGCCGUGCCCAGGGAGGGCAGGAGCAGAGCCUGUGUACCCACAUUAAAAGUCUGUUGACUGAA